AUGUGCAAGAUCAUCAACGAACGAAACUAUGAUCGGUUGAAGGACCUCCUCGAUCGAUCCAAGGGGAAAAUCGUCUACGGCGGAGUCACAAUAAACGACUGCUUCCUACACGCAGCAGCCGGAGGCCUACCCUUCGGCGGUGUCGGCGACUCCGGCCCAGGCUACUACCAUGGCCGCCACGGCGUGGAAGCCUUCACCUACAAACGCGUCGUAGUCUCUUUACCCAACUGGCUAGACAAAGUAAUGGCCGGUAUCCGCUACCCACCAUAUAACACCAAGUACAAGAAGUUCUUCGCCGUCUCGAAAAAGCUCGGAUUAAAGCGCGGCGAGACAAUGGAGGACCAGACGAUCCGGAGUCCCGGCUCCUGCUGGUCUGUGACUGGGCUUGUUGCCGUUACUGCUGUUCUUGCGGGGGUUGUGGCUUUCUUGGCAAGUCCUGAGAAUAAGUAUAGGCCGUCAUGGCUUGACAAAGUGCUCUUAAAUGCUCAGGCUAGCUUGCUGGUGGGGUCUGUCAAGUUAUGGGGUUGA